AUGCCCAAGAACGGUUCAUGUACCGAUGUAACAUGUAAUAAUGAAAUCAAAGAAUUAUAUGAAUGUCAUUGUUGUUUACGUCUUGUUUGUUUAUGUCAUUUGAAUAAACACGUUGAAAUAGAAAAAAAAUCUAAACAACGAUCAGACAGUCUUCGAAAUGAAUUAAAUACAAUCGUAAAUACACUCAAAGAAAUUCUUGAAGAAAAACAAUUAACUAUUGAACGUGAACAACAUUUGAUUGAACAGGCAAAACAAUUUCUCGGUGAACCCAAUAUUUCAAUCGAUGAACUACAAAGUAUUCUCGAAAAAAUUCAUCAAACAAUAAUAUUAAAUCGUUCAGGUAAAAAUUAA